AUGGAGGACUUUGAAGAAACUGAACUCUGCUUUCCACAAGUCAACACUUCCUGCAGGAAGAGGAUGAUUCCUCAGUUUAAGGCCAUGCUCAUUUAUAGCCUGCUGUCCUGCAUCACUAUCCUCACUGUGGUUCUUAACUUGCUGGUCAUCAUCUCUGUCUCCCACUUCAGGCAGCUCUACACAACCACCAACCUCCUUGUCCUUUCUCUGGCUGUUGCAGACUUUCUUGUGGGCCUCCUUCAGAUGCCCAGUGAAAUCAUCCUUUACCAAGGGUGUUGGACCCUGGGUGACUCGAUAUGUGCUCUGAAUUUCUUCGUAGGUUUCAUCAUUAUCAGUGUUUCAGUAGGAAGCAUGGUGCUCAUAUCAAUUGACCGUUACGUGGCCAUUUGCAACCCCAUGUUUUACUCCACUAAAGUCACUGUGAGAAGAGUUCAACACUGCAUUUUUCUGUGUUGGAUCUUUUCAGCACUGUAUGGCAGUUGGAUAUCAAAAGACUUCCUCAUCCAACCGGGCAGAUAUAAUUCCUGCUAUGGAGAGUGUGUAGUUGUUGUUAAUUAUGUGGAAGGUGCUGUUGACCUUUUUGUGACUUUUUUUGGCCCCAUUACUGUCAUCAUAGUUUUGUAUAUCAGGGUGUUUGUGGUGGCUGUGUCUCAGGCUCGUGCCAUGCGCUCCCACAUUGCAGCUGUCAGACUCCAGCGUUCAGAGACUGUGAAAGUUAAGAAAUCUGAGAUGAAAGCAGCCAGGACUCUCGGUGUAGUGGUAGUUGUAUUUCUUUUGUGCUCCAGUCCAUAUUAUUGUUUCAAUGUUGCAGCUGAAAACAACUCAGUAGAUGCGUCAUCUGCAGCCAUUCAAAUUUGGUUGCUGUUUUCAAACUCCUGUUUAAACCCUGUGAUCUAUGCCUUUUUUUACCCCUGGUUCAGAAAAUGUAUUAAACAUAUUGUUACACUUCAGAUACUGCAGCCUGACUCCUGUAAUGCCAAUGUACUGUAGAGACACACUGUGAUGGACUGAAAGUAAUUAUUUGUCUGAGAAGGGGAAAUUACUUUCAUGUAGUCUUUAAUAAACUAAA